GCCGUUUGUUUUGCACCUUGCUGUAUUAGACAUGGCCCAGCGGUAUGUCGAAGCCGAAUCGCAAAAACCAGUGCAACAUUAUUCAUUGCACUCUGCCCGUUUAUUGCACUGGUUCCUACUCCUGAUCAUUUUUUGUACCUCUGAAUCUCGUGGUAUUAUUUGUUUGGACUUGAUCCAUUGUAACCCUCAACUCAAUGAGAAAAGAUCCGCUACCAUCAAAAAAGUGUCCCCCAUACCAUUGGCUGUUUUCGUUCCUUACGCGAAAAUAGCUUCAUAUGGCGGUUUGCGACCAAUGCUAUACCUCCGGAGUCUCCAGCCUCCAUAUGGACAUGCCAGGCAAACCUGCCUAAAACUAGGGAAGGCCUUGGUCGAAGAGGGAGAGAAGCGACUUACACAUGCAUUAAAACCAAUUCAACAAGCCUUGGCCCAGGACGAGAAUAGAGCUCUUCAAGACUUGAAAGAUGUGUUACCGAAAAAUGAGGAAGACGAAGCUCGCAACAUACCCACUAUUUCCCAGGAACGAACUGCCACAUCCUUCAGCUCCGAACUGAGACGAGGGCGGACUAGGGCGUGGCGACGCAGCGUGGGUGACUCCCAGGUUGUGAAGGACCAAAUUGCGACAAUAAUUGCAGAGAUCCACGAAGUUUUCGAAACUCCAGGACUCAGAAUUGACAGGCUAUGCAGGCGUUUCUGAUUGGGGAGAUCCUAUCUGCCUCAGGCAUGCUGGUCGUGUGUGAACCGUUAUGUUCUCAGGAAACUCUCGAGGUGCGUUUGGAAUUCUUGUCUGUCAUCUGUGUUCUCGGUGCUGGUUUCAGGGUGUUCCAUGGAGGCCCAAAAGUGCGUACCCCAUGAUAGACGAAUAGCUCAAAUCAGCACCGAGAACACAGAUGACGGACAUGACGUUGGAGAAUUCCGAAUGCAUCAACCUUGCUCCUGUUCACGACUUACUCACAAUCUAUAAACAACGAUCAUUCGCAGCUUUUUGGCACUAUUCUUGUUCUUGUAAUCAUUGCUAUUUACAUGUUUUGGUCUGCUAAUGGUUCCAAAUUCUUCUUG